CUGCUCUCUGCUGAUCUAUAUUUUCUGGGUACAUGUGUUACAAGUUGAGUAAAGCAGAAGGAGAAUAGCUGACAGCAGAAAGAGACCAGGGUGGACAGAAAACCUAUAAUACAAAAAUAAGAGCUAAGCAAACCCAUAGAGCAAAAACACAGGUUCUUACCUAUCAGCGCUACAAUGGUUGGACUAUGGCGUUGCACACUGGCAGUGAUGUUAACGUGCGUGUACCUCUGGGGUUCUGGUGAUGCUGUAGGGGGAGCUAAGAGUCGACCGCGACCCCAAAAACGACCUCCCAAGAAGCCAAAGAUCACACCUAUUGACCUGACUGAGCCUGCACAGAACAUAGACAUAGAGAGGAUGUUGGGAAGAUGGUACCUGCUUAAUUCUGCCUCCAAAUGCUCUUAUCUGAUAAAUCACGGGACCAAGGUGGAGCCAACAGUGAUGACCAUUACUCGUACCCCUACCUCUAAUGAAAUGCUGUCUGUUAGCACCAAAACAAGGCAUAAUCACCAGUGUUGGGAGAUAUUACAGGUCUACCAUCUAAAUCCAGGAACCCCAGGAAGACUGACACUGAAAGGAGCUCACCCUGAGGACAAUAUUGAGAUAGUGAUUGGGGAAACAGACUAUGACUCCUAUGCAAUCAUGUACUACCAGAAACGUGGCAUGAUCACAGUGAAACUCUAUGGCAAGUCUGUAGACAAUCUGUCAGAGCCGCUGCUAACCAAGUUUGAAGAGCUUGCUGCAAAACAGAAUUUUCAGCGGGCCUACCACUUCCCCUUCCCCACCUACAGUCACUGUGGUGAUGUGGAUCAGGAUCAUGUGAUCAAUUGUGUUCCCACAUGCUGAAGAGGUGGAGCUGAGAGAUGAUGGAGAGAAAGCUUUCGAGGGAAUGAAUUAGGCCCCUGACAUUGUGAAACUCCACUAAAAGUCCUCAGCCGCACAUAAAUAAAACGACACAGAGUGAAAACAAGUUGUUUUCAAAUGCU